CCCCAACGAAUUUUAGAUCUUAAAGAGGAGAGGACGUACAUCUGAAGAUUACUCAUUCGAGGAUCAACAUCGAUGUGCGCCGAUGCGGUUUUCCGCUUCCAGAAAAAUUAUGGUUUUUCUGAGAACUCGUACUAUUUUCUAUCUAAAUCUUUUUUUUUGUCCUCUAUCAUCUCAAUCCAACCUUUCUUUUGAAAAAACAGGGAAACGAGAACAACCUUAUUUAAGGUUCUAAACUCUGGGUUUUAAUCACAUCCACCAAAAUGGCUCGUGGUCCGAAGAGACAUAUGAAGCGCAUGGCUGCGCCCAGCCACUGGAUGCUGGAUAAGCUUACCGGUAUCUAUUCUAAAUUUCUAAUAUCUUCGUGAUUUGAAUCAGGAUUGAUAUCGUGUGUGGAUCAAGUCUGAUAGAUUUUUCUACUCGAUAUCUUAGGCUAGUUAAGUUUGAAAAAAUGUUGACCAAGGAACUCAAGAUGUUCCCAAACUAUUGUGUCAAGUUUCGCACAGUCGAGAAUUCCGAAAGACUCUCCCAAAUUUCCGAAAACAAACCAGGUGUGUGGGCCCCGAAGCCGAGCAGUGGCCCGCACAAGCAGCGUGAGUGCUUGCCGCUCAUCGUCUUGUUGCGUAACCGCCUGAAAUACGCUUUGAACUACCGUGAGGCCAAGAUGAUCCUCAUCCAGCGUCUCGUCCGCGUUGACGGAAAGAUCCGCACCGACCACACCUACCCGGGUACUGCUAAACCUUGCUGGGCUGUGAUAGAUUACAGCAGUCUUGUUUAGAAUUUGCCCUAUUCCCGAGAUUUCAUCCUCAUGUGUCAGAUUUAAGACUGCUGGAGUUGAUUGCGCUUACCUUUUCUACCCAAAUACGGACUCUCACAUUGCCAUCACCAAAACGAAAAAAAGCAUCUACUAUGAAAUAUUUGUAUAUGACCUUUCCAAAAACCCCAAAAAACAGCCGGCUUCAUGGAUGUCGUUGCUCUUGAAAAGACCAAGGAAAACUUCCGUUUGUUGUACGAUACCAAGGGACGCUUCGUUAUUCACAAGAUCACUCCGGAAGAGGCCAGCUACAAGUUGUGCCGCGUCAAGGCCGUCGAAAAGGGAACCAAGGGCGUCAACCACGUCGUCACCCAUGACGGCCGCACCGUCCGCUUCCCGGAUCCGGAUGUCAAGACCAACGAUUCUAUCCGCCUCGACAUCGCCUCCGGAAAGAUCCUCGAUCACUGCAAGUUCGAACACGGUACUUGAUAAUCUAAAUUCUUUCACGAUGCUGCGUGGUUCCCGCUUCUCGCACCCACAAAAGUGUAGUCGUUAACAUGAGAUCCAGAACAGGAUUUAGAUACUCAUUUGUCACGUUUCGGCUGCUGCUGACCUAAUUUUGUUUUUCCAUAAAUAAUUUAUUCAGGCAACGUGUGCAUGAUCACCGGUGGAAACUCGAUCGGUCGUGUCGGUGUCAUCACUCACCGUGAGAAGCAUCCGGGAUCCUUUGAAAUCGUCCACUUGAAGGACGCCCAGGAUCACCACUUCGCUACUCGUCUGCAGAACGUGAUGGUCAUCGGCAAGGAGAACAAGCCGUGGAUCUCGUUGCCGAAGGGCAACGGAGUCAAGCUCUCCAUCCUGGACGAUCGUCGCAAACGCAUGGAGAAGAACUAAGUAUCCUCUUCUGCUUCAAGAAUAUGGAGUCUUCGAUAGUUGUAUGCUAGAAGGAGACAAAAUAUGAAGUUGCGGCUGCAGGAAGAGUGCGGUGGGCGGUCUUUCUGUGGAGCUGGAAAUGGGACACAACAUGCGCAUUUGACGAAGGCAUUCGCUCGUAGUCUUUAUCUUCCAGUAGAGCGGACGAUGACAUCUAAACAAGAACGGCACUCACUCAGUAUUAGAAUCCUGAUCUUCCUGUCAGAGCCAUGUAGCACGAGGGCUCACAGUCGCACGGUUCGCCUGAUUUGAUUGGGCUUCUGCAAGUGCGACAAGGGCAGAAAUUUUAGUCUGCUGACGUUGACAGAAGAUCUGCUCAUAUUGCGAAGAAAACAAUGCCGAGGAGGAGUCGAAACUGCGCGUCUACUAACUCAAUUUUUUAAUGUUCGUUACCAUUGCUCCACUGUCUUCAUCGGGAAGCGGUCGGGUAUGUCUCACCCUUGUGGCCGCGCAGUUUUAGAGAGGCAGAAGCGGGCAAAAUUUCAGUGGUUGGUGGCGGUCUUCCUUGUUGUACAAAGAUGAUCAUGCUGGAAGUGAUGAGAUUCGGCGAAGGUGUGCGUUUUUCUAGAGAUGUCUUGGCAUACGGACAUUGUGGAAGAGAGUGAACCGAUACCCAAAGCGAAAAAAAUAGCUACGUGCGCCGUUCAAGCGCACCGGCACUCGACCGUUGUGUUCCACCUAUCCAUCAUUUUGACCGGGGCAUGUCAACGAGAUCAAAAAUCUAAAUAUGCAAUGAAAUUUUGAAAUUCCCACGGAUCCUAAAAUUUAGAAAUUUGACAGCCGGCAGUAGACGGUAUAGAUCAGGAU